UGCGAAACUGCUCUCGCUAUUGCCGGAAGACCAGGUGCUACCGAUUGCUAUGUGUUUAAAUUAUGCGCAUGCGUCAUAAAUCACGCCAUGGCUAGAGCUUAAGGAGUCGUCCGGCGUCACCAUGGGCCCCCUAAACUGCUGCUGAGCCAUGGACCACCAGCGACGGGGCACCGUGCGCUCCAUGCACGGGGGCGGCCGGUCGCGGCGGCCCUCGUCAGCCGUUGACUCCAAGUACCCGAGCAUGGACCGCUCAUGCGCCAUCAUCCUCAUGUACGGAAUCUACUUCUGCUACGUGCUAGCCUGCUUCGGUGCCAUGCUGGCAGUGGCCGGCCUCAUGUUGCACAUCUCGAGCGAGCAGCCCGGUGCGCAUGACAAGGGGAAGAUCAUCGCAGGCACGGGCAUCGGAAUCUGCGCCGUGUGCUUCGUGAUCGCCUUCUACUGCCGUUCGGUGCGGCUGGACGAGCAGAUCAUGGAGACCAUCAAGGAGACGACAGACGACCGCGAGUGGUCCGUCUUCAAGAACCCCAAGGCCGGCUGGUGGCAUAUGCGCUACGGCAUGGCCGACCAGAGCUCCAUCCGCUCCAGUGCCACCAUUCAGUGCAAUGUGCGGCCAGAUUCGGCCGCCUCCACUUCGUCUGUGGUAGUCUACUACCAGACCAAGGGCCACGAGACAACGCCCUCCGAGGCUAGCCCCAGCCACUCGAACAGGAUCAAGGGCAGCACGGACAGACUCUGAGCCACCACCGCCGUGCGCUGCUCGUUCGCGACGCUGCAGGCUAGAACACGUUCCACGUGACUGAAACGUCGCGCAGACUGCAUACCUUGGCCAAAGCCAGCCGCAAUGAUUUCUUUCUAUGGAACGCCAUUCGUCGUAUAGUUUUUUGGCUUUUGCAGUCACUGUCGAAAGGUGAGGUGUACAUAAUUUAGGUAGGCGAAACAAAAGGUAGCAGUAAUGCGUAAUGACCUAAGCUUUUAUACGUGAGAGUGUAGAAUCGGUUUAAAAAGUGCUAAAGAUUUCUUGCUCUGCGACAACACAAGUGGGUAUAACAUUGCAAUACUUUAUUUUGUAAAAUUGUUAGUCUCGGCUAACCCACGUGUCCAUUCGAAGUUGCGUAUUAGUUUUUCAUGACAUAUCUCCUAGAGAAUUGCAACUGUUAAGUUGCAAAUACACAGCUAUAAAUAAUUCCUGUCGAAAAGCAAAAAUGGUAAGCGCGCAAGACGCUACUUACUGAUAGAUGAGUGCUCUGGAGCAGUUUGUCAAAAUUUGACCGAACCGGCAAGAACCGCGUUGCAAACAUGGCUCUUGACGAGCAUAAAGUGUUGAAAAAUAGCCUCACAAGGCCGGUAAAUUCUUCUUUUAAUGCUUUUUUUUUUUGCAUGUGUGCGUGUGCGAAAAAAAAAAUAUUCGAUAAGACAAACAUCAAAUAAUGUUUGAAUUACGCAACUGAAUUGCGUCGGCGACUGCCUCAAUGUGGCAUCACUGAUUGCACUGAAUCCGAGUAUGUUUGGGUCUAUCUACACAGGAAACUAAAAAAAAAAAACCAUGUCAAGACAUUGGUCACUUUCAAAUGUCGUGCAAGUACUAAUACUUUUUGUACAUAGACUAACUAGCCCAUAGCAAACGCUGCCCAAAUCUUGUAUGUCAGGGGAAACUGGUGCAGGACUCACAUCUUAAUGUGUCCGAUCAACUAACCAGGCCUCCUCCAACGGUGUUACUAGAUCCAAUUGCGGUUCCAAAAGUUCAAUAUAGAAUAAUAUACUUUGUCUUUUUAAAGAAAACAGAGUCGAUAGAUCAGCACUGGCCCUCGCCUGCAACUGACACAUAAGGAAGCUAACACCAUCUUUACAGCUUAAAAUUUAUUAAAAAGGACCUUAGCUUGAUGUGAGAGAAUGGAGCCUACGGGUGCAUCAAGGUGACCAUGGCGACUCAACAGUUUGAGACCUAUGGAAGCAUUUGUGCUUACCUAUGAGCCACGUUUUCAGAGCAGUGGGUCACUCACAGUUUCUGGAAUGAUGAAUGAUCGUAUAGUCGAACCUCAAUCUAACAAGCGCCGACCUAAGUUUAAUUUUUUAAAUCGCUUUAGAGCAUUUACAUAAUUACUCUCGAUUUAGCAAAUGUGCACUGAAGUUUCGAUAUAACAAAGUGUUCACGCACAUCGCACAAGAGCUUCGUUCGACACCCUCCGCGAGAGCAAGGUAGUGUUCCUGCAUAUGUCUCCCUUAGAGCGCUAUUUGGCGCCAGCGCAGGGCGUUCCUUCUCGUGCAGCCAGGUGCAGCACAGCUUCGGACAUAGAAAAGGAGAUUAUUUAUGUCACCGAAAGCGGAGGUGGGGUCGUCUCACAAAACAACAGUGCAGUGGUUGAAGUGCCCAUAAAGCGGUCAUAUCGCCGAAAGCUGCCAAAUCACUUCUCUUGGAAACGUCGCGUAACCUGCCCUCCCCUCUUGCCCUGUCAAGUGCAUGACGGACUCGGCCUUUGGCAGCACGGUCAUAGUGUGUACGCGUCAGUGGUGACUGGUACCACGAGACCACCACAUCAGGUUUCAGUGAUGUGAAUAGUUUCUCACGUCCGAAGCCACAUUGCACGCGUUUUGAACUGGUUACAUUAAAGUAACGUAAUUAUUUGUUGUGCUCUCGAGUAAUUGAGGCUCCAUGGCGUAUUACUGGGUCGACAGCUAUUCAAAUGCAAAAAUAAAAACGAUAGAAUUCUUCCGUCAGUACUCCUAUGGCCUCAUAAAACCGUGCGAAAGAUGUCAAGAGAACACUAUGUUAUAAUACCUUACGGUGUAAGAUAUAAUAUGGUCCGAACACUCAACCCUUUACGUCCUUUAAUUCAUACUACAAGAAAAAUUCAAACAUGAAUCAUUAGCCGAGGACACAGUAUCUACGGAAUAACACCCGAUUACUUUUCUGACGUAUGUAACAUGACCUGCCAACGCCAAAUUGCAAAAAAGAAUGGCUAUUCAGUUUCAAGAGCCUGACCUCUGAAGAAACUUUUUUUUCCCCCUAGAUGUUGAGGAAACACAACACUUGGUGGAACGCAGUUACUAUGCAGGAAUGAGCAACCUUGUAGGCGCUUCAAAGGCAAACGAGGGAAGUGUAAAGUAUAUUCCCUUACGCCUACGGCUGUUAUCCAACUUAGCAACAGUGUAGAAGACAUAUGGGGCGCGCGAUUCAAUGCGCGCCGGCAUGGUGAUGUUUUCAUUCAGGCUGGCAUUUUAUGUACAUUCGUACUCGUGCGAGAAGAAAAACGUACGACAACUGUUCCUCAACCAGCCGAUGUGUGUUCCGUGGGACGCUCCGCAGUUACAAGUCAUCGAAGGCCAGACCAAACUGUUUGGCCAGUGAUAACUAGUUAUAGCAUAUCUAUGCACAAAAUAAGUUAAACGUCCACGGUGAUCGGUUUCCUUCUAGAUGCCGUUCCUGCUGAACUGUUAACGAUCGAGGCUGUAAUAGUCUAGUACACAGUGGCGUAGCCAGGAAUUUCUUUUGGGAGGGGGCACUUGACCGUGGGUGGGGUGCCGUGGAUGCCUUCUAGAUGCCGUUCCUGCUGAACUGUUAACGAUCGAGGCUGUAAUAUUCUAGUACACAGUGGUGUAGCCAGGAAUUUCUUUUGGGAGGGGGCACUUGACCGUGGGUGGGGUGUGGGGCAGGCGGGUGUUGCACAUGCUUUAUGCCAGGCAUCCCUGGUACACAGAAAUUUCGAGAGGAGGGGGGCACAUUCCCGACAUCCUCCCCCUUCUGGCUACGCCCCUGCUAGUACACUAUAGUAUUAGGGUCACUGGCCCCACGUGUACGCUAGAGGGCGAACAGGGUUGCUUUUCGAUGCACCAAAAGAACUCGUGUGAAAAAUUCUUUUAGUUCCUCGCACCAUAAACAUCUGGGCUUCGGCUUAUUUCUCAAGCUCACGUGAUUGCACAGAUAUAGUCCCGACAUUUCAGUCACCCUAUCACUGACCAUAUUUUAUUGCACACUCUGCUCAUUCGCAUAUCAGCAGUGUUUUUUAUGAGUCCAUAUAGAAAUAUUCAUGCUGAGAAAACACAGAAAUUUCAAGAAAAAAAUUGUUUCGAUAUUAGGGACUUUUAGUCUGGAAAUAAGACUGUUAAAUCAAUGUUCGGACUAAUUUUUAACCAAAAACAGCAAUCGAAGAGCUCUUUUUGAAUGAACCUAAAGAUCAUUUUCCCCUUAAUAUAUUAAAAACAAAACAAAAAACAAAGCUUGAUUCAGCUCUGCAAGGAGCUCACAGAUCUGACAGUGGCAGAAUUGUUUUCGAUGGCUACAGUAGGAUGAUGACUGCCAUUGCAGCACAUACUGAAAUAGUUUUUUCCCAUUUCUGCUGCCAGCAUUUGUCUUUUUUUUUUUUUUUCGUCCACAAGGAAUACUGAUAGUCACGAACAAAGCCCUUUGUUCCUUUCAGUCACGUGGAAUGUCUCUGGCCAAGUGCGCCAAUGCUUUGCAUCAGUGCCAUAGCGUCUCGUCUACCUGCUGCCGAUCAGUAAUCAUGCUGAAGAGGCGCGCAUGUGGUUGCCUUCUGGCUGGAUACUCUCACGGGACCUUGUGCUGCCAACCCUAAAGUGGCAACUGCAUAGACAUGCCUGCGCAAACCAGAAACUUUUGCAAGACGUGUUCUUGAAGGCAUUUAUCUUCCUACAAGCUUGUGGGGAGAGCUUUCCCAAAUGGCAUGUGUAGCUCUCAUCCUCAAGACUGUUGCUGCCGUGGCCGCUACAUCCAAGAUCAUAAAUAGGACUACUUCCGGAUGCAGUUCCCAGUACUCGGCAAGGAGGAUAACUCCCAACUCCUUGCUUAAAACGAGUACAUACUUCACCCUUAAAAAUGUCCAAUGAAAAGACCCCUACACCCGAUGUCAUUGACACCUUUCCAAGUACCUCUUGCAGCCUUCUCUGCACCUGCACUGUUUCCAGCGGUAACAUCAGAUGCAAGUGCCGUUAAUUGCUCUGCUAAUGGUACCUGGAAAUGGCAGUCACUAUGAUAUUAGAGCAAGCCAUCUCCAGGUCAUGAUUUAAACCAAAAACCAAAGGAUUAAGCCCUUUCAGAUACCACAUUGCCUCCAGGUAUGUUUAUUGAAACAUUGUUUCACAUGCUCAAUUCUGUCUUGAUUGUGGCUUAUUUACUUUUGCGGUAAAUGUAAGUUUUUGUUAGCAUCAAGACUUGCAGCUUCCGAGCACGUGUUACUGGCUUCCAGCAUAUUUAUGCAGAACAGCCAAAUUUUUUUCGAAAAAAAAAAUUACACAAGAUGUGCAACCUUGCCAUGUGUGCUUUCUGGUAAGAAUAUUGGUGGCUACACCACAUGUAGCAUGCAAAUGUAGUAUUUGUGCAAAUACAUUCAUCAGCUGCAAGAGGUGGCAGUCAGUCCUUCCUAUGCAUUUAAUUAUAUAUACUGGAUCACUAUGUAUGAGGAAGACUGACACCAAUUUUUCAUCUAACGUUGCAUCAUUCACUGAACAUUAUCGUACACUAAACAAAAUCUUUGCCUCAAAAACUUUGGCAUCUAAAGUCCGCUUUUAGCUGUGUAUUACCUGUGAUGCAACUCAAGAGUGAAAAUGUGAAUCAAUUCAAACAUACUUUCAGACAUGCCUGCUCAUGAAGUCUACAGUGCACCACACACAAUUCCUCAGACAGCAUUCCUGAAAGUGCCACUAACUAGAGGACAUGCUGCUGAUAAGUAGGAUGACUUUUUUUUCUCCCCCUCCUUCAUCAAAUUUGGUCCCUGCAGCAUUUAUGACUACACGCCGACAUCAGUGUCGAGUGACGGCAGCCCCCACGAGUGCAGCUGAUCUGACCGGAUUCCUGUUCGCCCGUUAUCUGCUCAAGGAAGAAGCCCACAAUGACAGUGGCAAGCUAAAUGGAAGCCUCAAAAGUGCAUGUCACCUGGACGGUAUGUGUACAAGUUGCCCUUGCAGAAGCUGCAAGCACAGUGGCAUACGCACUAAUGUACAAAACACUGUGUCAUAUUUCAAGCAUCGACUUUCUUGUGUUGCUGCUGUUCUGCCAGGUAGAGUCAGCAGCCACCUGUUACUGGUGAUCAGUUUGUGAUAUCAAAGCCUGUAGUCUUCACAUGGCAGGUGCGACGAGACUCAUCUUAGAAUCAAAACACAGGCUUCAUUAAAUCUGUUGUGCAAUGUGUGGUGACGUAAAAGAUAUGCUUCAAAUGUUCAGCGCUCUUGCCAUGCUCCAGAAAAAGAAAAAAAAAAGUUAUUGCGUUCAUAUUUAUAUGUCUUGCAAAAUAUGCUUGAUGGGUCUACAUGCUCUGCAGUGAAAUGUGUGUUAAAAAGGUAGAGUUGUGGCCCUCAAGGCUUAAAUAACUGUCUUUCAAUUGGUCAUGUGCAUUUUUAUGUUGAAUAAAGUCACUUUACUUUCG